AUGUCAGCAACAACAGCACCAAACUCGUUAGUCAUGAACCCAACAUCUAUGUUAGUAGAGAUGAAAAGCUUCAUUCCUUCUUCAUAUACUUUCGAAACAGAAAUCCAGAAGAUAAAGCAAGAACUUCUCCAAGGAGAUUUAGAUUGCACUGCAAAGGAUGAAACAAAUGAACAGUAUCUUUAUGAAAUGCAGGACCUGGUGGAACAUCUACCUAAAAUUCCUGAAAUACAACAACAAAAGCUUACUAUUCCUGAAUUCGAUGAAAUAGAAGUGAAACCAACUGACUCAGUAGAAACCAAGAAGUUCAUACGUAAGGUAAACUAUGAGUUUCUUGGAUUUCAUUGCAACCACAAAGACUGCGAUAUGGUAUAUUUCAUUGACAUAUACAAAUCUGAAGAGUUUAAGACCUACGACAACUUUGUUUCGUUAGUUGCAAAAUGUGUAUGGCAGAUAAGAGAUAAAGAUAGAAGAGGUAAAGUAUAG